UAAGACAGACUAGGAGAGCAGGAAAUGAGAUGGAGAACUACCUCUGCAGCAGUCUGAACGCAGCUCCUCUCUCUGCAGCUGCACAGAGCAUCAUAGCAGCCCUUCAGUUCCAGUAUGUGCACAGAGCAGACAGAAGCAGAGCUACCUUGAGUAGUAGAGGCUUCAGACUGUCUCAGCAUCAGGGCAGAGAUGACAGAAAUCAAGAGAUCUGCACAGGGAAAAUCAGAGACUUGGACUUAAAUAAUCUGGCAGAAGAUUCAAACCACUUCAUGCUAAGGGAUGAGACCAGUAAUGAGAGGUUUGCACUCUACUAUGCUGGUGAUAUCAUAAAGCCCAACACCCAGCCUCAUAUACCGGUAGCACAGGGAGAAAACAGUUUAUGCUUGUUCCACUUUAAUAGCGUGGGGAGCCCUCAGGCUAGACCAGACGUUAUGACAGAAGAAGAGAUCCAUAAACUGACCUUGGGUAAAAGGCGGUGGAUUCAACCAGCAAGCCCCAUUGAAAAAGGCCCAGUAGGUUGUAAUCAACAUGAGGCUACCCCAGUGAAGAAGAUCAGCUUUAGCCAGCUUACGUUCCCUACUAACAACUGUCAUCCAGCAUCCAAAGAAGAGUGCAAAAGGAUUGAUAAUGUGGACAAGCAGAGUAAGAAUGGACAGAUAGACCAAUUAUGGAGCUGUCGAUCAGGGUUGACAGAGAACGAUAACUAUGAUUCUGUUUGUGAGGAAAUCUCAAAAGAGGCUAGAGCUGACAAAGCUGUGUUUAUACAAGUGCAGCAUAAUAGUUUUACAUCUAAUGCAGAGAAACCAACAUAUAAGUAUCAGGAUCUGGAGACCAGCCAUUGCCGGCAAGAUAAUCGAAACUCUGAAUUGUCAGCUCCAGUGGAAAAUUGUGCUUAUGCCAAAAGAUGUGGGAGCAUCUUUGUCUUUGAAUGUGAGCAACACACACCUGUUAGGCCAGGUGAAAUACUGGACUCAGUGAGGGAGAAAGAAGACAGCGACUCAGAACAAAGAGAGAUUACUAAGAGCAGAACUAGUUCUCCCAAGUCAGAUGAGAAUACAAUCCUGAUGCCUGUUGAAGAGAGAACUGGAAAGAUGGAGUCUACAGUACACCCCGCCAGUGUUGGUGUGCAGCACAGCAUCCAGCCCCGGUCUCAGGCUGGUGAGGGGGAAUCUUUUCCAAAGCAUAUUAGAAAAUGGGAACCCCCUGGUCCCUUACAGGAAGGUCCUAAGAUCAUUUCAUCCCAGGAGUUGUGUGAUAAGACACUUAGAAACCAAACAUUCUGCCAUGCAAAAGUAAAGGGCUCAGUGCAUCUCUUAAAACCAAAAGCUCCACAGUCUGGUGUCAAGAGGCAGAGACAUCCCCUCAGACCCCAGAAACAAUCUAAGAGGCAAGGAUGCAAUAAACCGAAUAACUUCAAACUCCCCAACCCCUCCGAUCCAAGUCUGUCAGGAUCCAAAAUAAGCUAUCAAAUGUCUUCAGAAACAGAUAUAAAAGAAGAUGGAACCACAGCAACCCCUAGAGGGGCUUUUAGUUUGAUUUCUGAUCCCAGGGUGUGUGACACAGGCCGUCUCUCACAAGAGGAUAGAGAAUGCAUGUUAGAGGAGGUUGGAAAAGCGAAAGCAUUAGUUGUCACCAUGGUAUACCAAGAUGGCACCAUACAACUAGACCCAGAACAGAGGCUGUGCCCUGCAGUGUGUGGCCUGCUGGUUUUGCUGAAGACUGAUUUGGACUCAGAGGGACUACAGGACAGGCCACCAGAGAGGGUGCUAUACCUCAGACUAGAGCAGACACCAGCCUGGGCCCAACAAGACUUUAUACAAAAACAGGAUGCCUUCACCAGAGAGCUGCUGCUGCGAAUGAUGUGUGGCACAAAGCUGUUUGUGUGCUUUAAAGCUAAAGACCUGCUUCGCACAGCAUUGAGACACUUUAGCAGAGACCUGAGCUGGAAACAAGUUUUGGGGUGUCAAGUCAUGGAUCCUCAGAUUGCUGCGUGGUUGUUAGAUCCUGGCAACUCUGCUACCUGCUUUCAGACCCUGCUUUCCAAACACUACACACAUCCAGUUCCGCCCACACUGGAACCUGUGCUUGGGCAAGCCAAGGUGACUCAAGCGAUUUCAAAUUUGUCUCUUCUACACAAGCUAAUGGUGGAACUACAUAACAAGCUUCAGACUCAGGGGCUGUGGCAGCUCUAUUCUGGCAUAGAACAAAAGAUGAUUCCAGUUCUGGCAGCAAUGGAGAGCUAUAAAAUGCAUGUGGACAAGGAGGCCUUGAAAAAGACUUCAGAGAUGUUGGGGUCUAAGCUGAAGCAGUUAGAGCAGGAGGCUCACCAGGCCGCAGGUCAAAAGUUCUUGGUAUCCAGCAGUGCUCAGCUCAGACUGAUCCUCUUCGAGAAGCUGCGUUUACAUGAACUUUGUGAGAAUAAGAAGCUUCCCAAAACAAUCAAACAACAGCAGUCAACAUCAGAAACAGCUCUAUUACAACUACAGAAGCUGCAUCCACUGCCCAAAAUCGUACUGGAAUACAGACAGAUUCACAAAAUCAAGACUGCAUUUGUGGAUGGCAUUUUGUCUUGUAUGAGCAAGACAUUCAUUUCUUCCACAUGGAAUCAGACCAGUACAGUGAGUGGCAGACUGUCUGCCAAACAUCCUAAUUUUCAAGCUCUUCCGAAGCAGCCACUGCAGAUCACUAAGAAACAGUGCAUCCAAGGAAAGAACUCUGAUGUAGUGACUGUGCACCCACGUGCCAUGUUCAUUCCACGAGAGGGUUGGACUUUCCUCUCUGCAGAUUUCUGUCAGGUGGAGUUGCGUCUCUUGGCUCACCUGUCAGCUGACCCACAGUUACUGAGAAUCUUUCAGAACCCUGAGGCAGACGCAUUCACUAUGCUGGCGGCCCAAUGGAAGGGUGUGAGCGAGGACACAGUGAGUUUGGAGGACAGAGAGCAUGCCAAGCGUAUCGUCUACUCUGUGGUUUAUGGAGCUGGAAGAGAGCGGUUAUCUAGUAUUCUGGGUGUGAGUGCAGAGGAGGCCAGCCGUUUUCAGGACUCUUUCCUACAGACGUACAGAGAGGUGCCGGCCUUCAUUCAGCACAUCAUCCAGCACUGCCACGAACACGGAUUUGUGAAGUCCAUAAUGGGAAGGCGCCGUUCCCUCCCUCACAUUCACUCUGCUGACUGGAGCCUUCGAAACCAAGCAGAGAGACAGGCCGUCAACUUUGUACUACAGGGCUCAGCUGCAGACCUAGCCAAAAUGGCCAUGAUCAAAAUCUGCUCUCAAGUGUCUUCUGCCUCUUACACUGCCAGGCUGGUAGCUCAAAUCCACGAUGAGCUGCUGUUUGAAGUGGAGAUCUCACAAUUGGAACAGUUUGCUGUGCUGGUGAAGAAGACCAUGGAAUCUCUUCAGCACAUUGCAGAUUUGGAAGUGAAUAUCUCUGUGCCCCUCAAAGUCUCACUGUCCACAGGACGGUCAUGGGGCUCAAUGUGCGAAAUGAACCUCCCCUGCACCACUACAGCUACUUCUGUCUGAGUCUCCCGCUCUUCCUCGCCAUCCCGUUACUAUGGUAACCGAGCAGCUGCAGUUCCCAAUUCUUGUUUCUCGCUGAUGUAUCCGAGGGCAACGGUAGGAGCAGGCUGGAUCGUACCAGUUUCUAUUUUGGGGGGCUUCCCUUCAUUCAUUUUUAGCCUUUCACUGUUAUUCUGUUCUUCUCUCUGUUCAGAGGCUUAGAUCUCUUUGCAUGAGAAUAGAAGUAGCUAAUAAAUCUUUUGUUCAUUUUCAAUGUUUGUGCAUCUUAUAUUCAAUAUAUCUGUCAACUCACAUAUUCAGUGAAUAAAUAAAUAUGAGCCUCUGUCCAGAACGGGCUUAAUUUCAGCUGUGUUACUGGCAAUGCUAUCUGUUUCUCAGCUGCUAUGAUGGAACGUCUGUCUCCUGAUGAAUAUUAAUAAACUCAGCCCUCAUUUA